AGCUGCUUAUCUAUAAAGCCAACACAUUAUUCUUACCCUUUUGCCCACACUCAUACCCCAUCAACCUAUACAUACACAUGAAUCUCUACACAUAAACACUAGUAUAUAGCACUGGUCCAAGGGGUACAAGUUGAGAGAGAGAGAGAGAGAGAGUGAGUGAGAGAAAGAAGAGGCAAUUUUGUGAUAUUCGAGAGAACAAAAACAAAGAAGGUUUAUUCUUUUCGUAUACGAAAAAGAAAUGAAGAUUUGGUGUGAUGUGUGUGAUAAAGAAGAAGCUUCAGUGUUUUGCUGUGCGGAUGAAGCAGCUCUUUGUAAUGGUUGUGAUCGCCAUGUUCAUUUCGCCAACAAACUCGCCGGCAAACAUCUCCGAUUCUCUCUCACUUCUCCUACUUUCAAAGAUGCUCCUCUUUGUGAUAUUUGCGGGGAGAGGCGUGCAUUAUUAUUUUGCCAAGAAGACAGAGCAAUACUAUGCAGAGAAUGUGACAUUCCAAUACAUCAAGCGAACGAGCACACAAAGAAACACAAUAGAUUCCUUCUCACAGGCGUCAAGAUCUCUGCCUCCCCGUCAGCCUACCCAAGAGCCUCCAACUCCGCUGCUGCAUUGGCUCGAGCCAAAACCCGACCUAAAUCAGUAUCGAGCGAGGUCCCCAGCUCAGCCUCCAGCGAGGUCUUUACGAGCUCUCCUUCGGCCACCACCAGCAAUUGCUAUUAUGGGACUGAGGAAAACUAUCAUCAACCCAGCGAUUCCGGGUCUGGAUCCGGUUGUACGGGUACGGGUAGUAUAUCGGAGUAUUUGAUGGAGACAUUACCAGGUUGGAGAGUGGAGGAUUUGCUUGAACAUCCGUCUUGUGUUUCCUAUCAGGAUAACAAUAACAACGAGUCCUAUAGGGUUUAUGAUGGUUCUUCGCAAUACCAUCAUCAAGGCUUUUGGGAACAAAAACCAUUUUCUUGAAUUCAUAUGUUUUUAUUUUUAAUUAUAGCGCCUCUCUUUUGAAGUUGGAGUUUUUAAUCAUGAAUCCAAAACCAACUUCUUGUCUCCAUUUUUAUUUUAUUUUUGUUUCUAUCGUUAUCUUAAUAAGAAUUUGUUUUUGUUUGCU